AUGAGAAGUGGGGACUCCGGAAGGGAUCUGGGGGGGACCGCUAUCGAGGUGGCACCGGCGCGGGCUGCGAGUGGCCGGAAGGGGGCGCCGCCGGCCUUCGAGCCGAGGGCACCGCGGGCGUUCUUGCAGCCCGAGAGCGUACCAAGAAGAAGUGGGCCAUGGUGGCCUCGGCCUAGAUCAGCGAGGAGAGCCAGAGCCUCCCCCAACUCACCCGGAAGACAGGAUUUUUUUCAGGAUCUGGAGCCCAAGGAUGUGUCUUCGAACUUUGGCCCCGACGCUGCCUCUGCAGGUCUCCUGUCCCCUGGCCUCCAGAGGCGAAGGUGGGCUGCUGGGGACAUUUUAUACCUGGAACUGUUGGUGGUUGUGGGCCCCGAUGUCUACCAGGUUCACCAGGAGGACACCGAGCGCUAUAUACUGACAAAUCUCAACAUCGGGUCGGAACUUCUGAAGGACCCAAGCCUGGGGGCUCAGUUCCGAGUGCAUCUGGUGAAGCUGAUGAUCCUCAUGGAGCCCGAGGAUGCUCCAAAUAUCACAGCCAACAUCACGUCGUCCCUGCAGAGCGUCUGUGAGUGGAGCCAGACCAUCAACCCCACGGAUGACUCGGCUCCUGGGCACGCUGACCUGGUCCUCUAUGUCACCCGGUUUGACCUGGAAUUACCGGAUGGUAACCGGCAGGUUCGGGGGGUCACCCGGCUCGGAGGCCUCUGCUCCCCAUCCUGGAGCUGCCUCAUCACCGAGGACACUGGGUUCGACCUGGGAGUCACCAUCGCCCAUGAAAUUGGGCACAGCCUCGGCCUGGACCACGACGGCACGCAGGGCGGAGGCUGCGGGUCCAGUGGCCACGUGAUGGCGUCAGCUGGCGCGGUGUCAGCGGGCGGGGCUCUGGGGUGGUCCUCCUGCAGCCGCAGGCAGCUGUGGCAACUGCUGAGGGCAGGGAGAGCACGCUGCUUGUGGGACCAGCCUGGGCCACAGUCCAGACCCGUGGGCUUCCCCCAAGAUGCGCAGCCCGGCCUCUACUACGAUGCUGACCAGCAAUGUCGCAUUGCCUUUGGGCCCCGGGCUGCGGCCUGCACCUUCGCCAGGGAGGGCUUGGAUGCGUGCCAGGCUCUCUCCUGCCACACGGACCUCCUAGACCACAGCAGCUGCAGUCGCCUCCUGGUCCCUCUCCUGGAUGGCACGGAAUGUGGGAUGGCGAAGUGGUGCUCCAAGGGUCACUGCCGCUCACUGGCGGAGCUGAGUCCCGUGGCGGCUGUGCAUGGACACUGGUCUGGCUGGGGUCUGCGUGGCCCUUGCUCCCGCACCUGUGGAGGAGGUGUGGUCCUCAGGAGGCGGCAGUGCAACAACCCCAGGCCUGCCUUUGGGGGCCGUGCGUGUGUCGGUGCUGAGUUCCAGGCAGAGAUGUGCAACACCCAGGCUUGUGAGAAGACCCAGCUGGAGUUCAUGUCUGAGCAGUGCGCUCAGACAAACAACCGGCCGCUGAGCCUCUCCAGGGACAGCCCCUCCUUCUACCACUGGGGUGCAGCCGCACAGUACAGCCAAGGGGACGCUCUCUGUGGCCACCUGUGCUGGGCAGUGGGCGAAAGCUUCAUGGUGAGGCGUGGAGACAGAUUCGUGGAUGGGACCCGGUGUGUGCGGGGCCGCCCUCACCAGGAUGGGACGCUGAGCCUCUGUGUGUCGGGCAGCUGCAGGGCGUUUGGCUGUGAUGGCAGGAUGGACUCCCUGCAGGUAUGGGAUGCGUGCCAGGUGUGCGGAGGGGACAACAGCACAUGCAGCCUGCGGAAUGGCUCUUUCACAGCCGGGAGAGCCGGAGAGUACGUCACGUUCCUGAUGGUCACUCCCAGCAUCACUGGGGUGCACGUCGUCAACCGCAGGCCUCUCUUCACGCACUUGGCCGUGAGGAUCCGAGGGCACUAUGUCGUGGCUGGGACGGCUAGCAUGUCCCCCAGCACCACCUACCCAUCCCUCCUGGAGGACAGCCGUGUGGAGUACAGAGUGACCCUCACUGAGGACCGGCUGCCUCGCCUUGAGGAGAUCCACAUCUGGGGACCUGUCCAGGAAGACAUGGAGAUCCAGGUUUACAGGCAAUAUGGGGAGGAGUAUGGACCCCUCACCCGACCAGACAUCAUCUUCACCUACUUCCAGCCCAAGCAGCAGGGAGCCCGCGUGUGGGCUGCCGUGCGUGGGCCCUGCUCGGUGAGCUGUGGGGCAGGGCAGCUCUGGGUAAACUACAGAUGCCUGGACCAAGCCCAGAAUGAGUGGGUGGACACUGCCCAGUGCCAGGGAAGCCCACAGCCGCCGGUGUGGACAGAGCCCUGUGUUUUCCCACCCUGCCCCCCAUACUGGGCAGCAGGAGACUUUGGUCCCUGUAGCGCUUCCUGUGGGGGAGGCCUGCGGGAGCGGCUGCUGCGCUGUGUGGAGGCUCAGGGUGGCCUCCUGAGGACGCUGCCUCCCACCCAGUGCCGAGCAGUGGCCCACAAGCCAGUGCCCGAGGUGGAAGCCUGCAACCACUGGCCCUGCCCAGCCAGGCGAGUGUGGGUGGGCUUCUCGGCAGGUCCUGCCCUGUGCCAAGGCCUCUGGCUAGCCCCCCCCCGAGGACCCGGAGCUUACAGUCGUGGCUCCGCCUGCCACGAGCCAGGCUCCAUGAACCUUCACUUCCUGUGCAUGGAUUCUGUGCUCCGGACACCUGUCCAGGAAGACCUAUGUGACCUGGCCACCAAGCCGGGGACCCGGCAGGAGGUCUGCCAGGCUGACCCAUGUCCUGUUAGGUGGAAGGUCCUGUCCCUCGGUCCAUGUUCAGCCAGCUGUGGUCUUGGCACUGCCGCACGCACCGUAACCUGUGUCCAGCGGGACGGCGGGCAGGACGCUGAGGUGGACGAGGCGCUGUGUGCGGCCCUGGUGCGGCCCCAGGCCAGCGUCCCCUGCCUCACUGCCCACUGUGCCUACCAGUGGCACGUCGGCACCUGGACACCGUGCUCCGUCUCCUGUGGCGAGGGCGUCCAGUAUCGCCGAGAUACCUGCCUUGAAGCCCAGUCACCGGUGCCAGCCUCCUUUUGCCAGCACUUGCCUAAGCCGGUCACAGUGCGGGGCUGUUGGGUUGAGCCUUGUGAAAGACCGGGGACCCCCAGGAAACAGCACUUGUAUUAGUUACCUGAGCCCACAGGGACCAUUGACAUGUGAGGCACGGGGCAUGGGGACUGUGUGGUGGCCAUUGGGCAUCCCCUGGGUGAGGUACUGACCCUCCAGGUCCUCAAGAGCUCCCUCAACUGCAGUGUGGGGGAGGUACUGCUGCCCUGGGGCCCAUUCACUUGGAGGAAGAUGUGCCAGCAGCUGUCUGGCAUGACUUUCCUCUCCAAGACCAACACACUGGGAGUGAAGCAGUGGAGCACGCGGUCCAGAGAGGGAGUGGUGCUGUGGUACAGGAGCCAGGCUGCCUGGGGGACCUUCUACAGAGGUGGCCAGGUGCCUGGGCUGGGCCUGUGUGCUGAGGCAGAGCCUUCUGAUGGGCAGUGGGCAGGACAGGCGGGAGCUGGUCAAGAUGGAAGGAGCGGCCUUGGAGCCACAAUGGGGUCUGCACUCGUGGCUCUUCUUGAUGAUGUAACCGGGUGA